UUAUCAUGUUCUCCAAGCUUCUUCUGUGCUGCCUGUGUGUUUACGUGGCCGCUCAAGUUACUGUCGAGGAUAACCCUCCCCAACCCUACAGCUUCGAAUAUGAUAACACCGAUGAGUUCGGAACACGUCUGACCAGGCAAGAGACCGGUGACGAGUUCAAUGGCAAGGUCGGCUCGUACAGCUACACGGACGCUGCUGGCGUCCACCGUACCGUCAACUACGUCGCCGACGCUGCCGGUUUUCGCGCCACCGUCGACACCAACGAACCAGGCACCAAGACGUCCGAGCCAGCCGACGCCGCUACCGUCUCCGCCGCCGUUGAAGGCCCACAUCCAGAUGUCGUAAAGGUUGUUCGCCCAGCGCCGGUCGUUGUGAAGGCAGUUCAACCAGCACCAGUCACUCUGCAGGCUGUGCAUGCCUCCCCGGUGACACUGCAAGCUGUCCACACUGGUCCUGUAGCCUAUGCUCAGCGAGCAGCUCCUGUUUUCUACACUCAGCAUGCUUCUCCGGUGUCCUACUCCGUGGGUCAUGCUCCACCCACCUACACGCUCGGCAAACGUGCUUAAAAAUACACAAAAUAACGAUAUUAAAUAUGUUUUGAAACAAUCAA